CAAGAUAAAACUAAAAUUAUAAAUAAAAAUUCAAGAAAAAAAAUUUGAAGCAAAAUUAUUACAGAGGAAAUCGUCUUUGGUGUACGAAAAAAAAGAAAGAGAAACACAGAGAUCAUCAUCAUCAUUGAACAAGAAGAAGAAGAAGAAGAGGAAACAAAGGAACCCUAGAUUUCUGGUGAUUCCAAGUCCUAAAUCCUUGGUUCUGAUCUGAAUAAACAGUAGGUAAUAUCACUGAAGCUGAAGCAGGAGAUUUUUUGAGAUUUUUCUGGGUAAUUUUCAGGUAUAUGCUUGCUGGUUGAUGUGUUGCUGGUCAAUGUGAGUUGGAAAUUUUGAUAAAGAUGGCAAGAACAGGCAGGAAGAGGGCGAAGCUUCGGUUUAGUAAGCUUUACAGUUUUGCUUGUUUCCAGCCGGAUGUGUUACAAACAGAUGAACAGAGUUUUUCUCUACAAGGACCAGGUUAUUCUAGGAUUGUUCAUUGUAAUCAACCACGAUUUCACCGUAAAAAGCCUCUAAACUAUACUACAAAUAGUAUUAGUACUACCAAAUACAAUAUCAUUACAUUUCUUCCUAAGGCAAUAUUCGAGCAGUUCCGAAGAGUUGCUAAUGUGUAUUUUCUUUUGGCUGCGAUUCUGUCUUUGACGCCGGUUGCGCCGUUUUCUGCUGUAAGUAUGAUUGCACCGUUAGCGUUUGUUGUUGGUAUUAGUAUGGCUAAGGAAGCUGUGGAGGAUUGGCAUAGGUUUAUGCAGGAUAUGAAGGUUAAUAGUAGAAAGGUUAAUACACAUAAGGGAGAUGGUCAAUUUGGUUAUAAACCAUGGCAAAAGCUUAGGGUAGGAGAUGUGGUGAAAGUGGAGAAGGAUCAGUUUUUUCCUGCUGAUUUACUUUUGUUGUCGUCGAGCUAUGACGAUGGGAUUUGUUAUGUGGAGACCAUGAAUUUGGAUGGUGAGACAAACUUGAAGGUCAAGAGAUCUUUGGAGAUAACACUGCCGUUGGACGAUGACAUGGCUUUUAAGGAUUUCACAGGAACAAUCAGAUGUGAAGACCCGAAUCCUAACCUCUAUUCGUUUGUGGGUAAUCUUGAGUACGAGCGUCAAGUUUAUGCUGUUGAUCCAGGACAGAUUCUUCUUAGAGAUUCGAAGCUCAGAAACACCCAAUAUGUAUAUGGAGUAGUUAUCUUCACCGGUCAUGAUACAAAGGUUAUGCAAAACUCCACCAAGUCCCCUUCGAAAAGGAGUACAAUCGAAAAGAAGAUGGACUAUGUUAUCUACUUUCUUUUUACCCUUCUUGUUUUGAUAUCAUUUAUCAGUUCGAUAGGCUUCGCGGCAAAGAUAAAGUUAAUGUACCCAAAAGCUUGGUACAUGCAACCUGAAGAUACAUCAGAAAGUAUGUAUAAUAAAUCGCAACCUGGUAUCUCUGGCAUUCUUCAUUUGAUCACGGCUCUUAUUCUAUAUGGAUAUUUGAUACCCAUCUCACUCUAUGUUUCCAUCGAGCUUGUGAAGGUCUUGCAAGCAAUGUUUAUUAAUAAAGAUCUAAAUAUGUUUGAUGAAAUUUCUGGGAAGCCCGCAGAGGCAAGGACAUCGAAUUUGAAUGAGGAGCUCGGGCAGGUUGAUACAAUACUCUCAGAUAAAACAGGUACCUUGACAUGCAAUCAGAUGGAUUUUCUGAAAUGUUCAAUUGCUGGAGUUUCUUAUGGUGUUCGUGCCAGUGAAGUUGAGAUUGCUGCAGCAAAACAGAUAGCCAAUGAUCAGAAUUCAGGAACUGUAACGCCUAGAACACCAAUGUCAUUCGAGAAUAGACGAAGUGAUUUCCAUGGUUCGGAAAUUGAACUUCAUCGAGUUAUCACUUCUAAUGAUCGUCAAAAGGAGCAUAAAGCUAGUAUAAAGGGUUUCAGCUUUGAGGAUAUCCGCCUCAUGAAUGGGAAUUGGAUGAAAGAGCCAACUGCAAGAAACAUUAUGUUGUUUUUCAGAAUAUUGGCACUCUGUCAAACAGCACUACCCGAGCCAAAUGAAGAAACUGGAAGUUUUACUUAUGAAGCAGAAUCACCAGAUGAAGCAGCCUUUUUGGUUGCCGCUAGAGAAUUUGGCUUUGAGUUCUGCAAAAGAACUCAAUCAACUGUUGUUAUCAGAGAAAGAUAUCCCUCAGGAAACCCUGAAGAAAGGGAAUACAAAAUCCUGAAUAUAUUGGAGUUUGAUAGCAAAAGAAAGCGAAUGUCAGUAAUUGUGCAAGAUGAGGAUGGUCAGAUUCUUCUUCUGUGCAAAGGUGCAGACAGCAUUAUAUUCGACCGGUUAUCCAAAAAUGGGAGAGCAUACGAGGAGGAUACAAGUAAGCAUCUGUUAGAAUACGGAGAAGCUGGGUUGCGGACGUUGGCGCUUGCCUAUAGGAAUCUUGAAGAGUCCGAGUAUCUUGCCUGGAAUAGUGAAUUUCAAAAAGCAAGGACUACUAUAGGUGCCGAAAGAGAAGCUAUGCUUGAACGCGCAGCAGAUUUGAUGGAAAAAGAUUUGAUUCUUGUAGGUGCCACUGCUGUGGAGGACAAACUACAACCAGGAGUGCCUCAGUGCAUAGAUAAACUAGCCCAAGCUGGUCUUAAGAUCUGGGUGCUGACAGGAGACAAGAUGGAAACUGCAAUCAAUAUUGGAUUUGCAUGCAGUUUACUUCGGCAAGGCAUGAAACAGAUAUUGAUAACAACAAUGAACAGUGAUAUGUUAGCCCAAGAUGCCAACAAGGCUAUCAGAGAAAACAUUUUGAUGCAACUCACCAAUGGAUCCCAAAUGAUCAGGCUGGAAAAAGACCCUCACGCUGCUUUUGCCUUGAUUAUCGAUGGGAAAACUUUGGCUUACGCUUUGGAGGACGAUGUGAAGCAUCAGUUUUUGAGUUUAGCAGUUGAUUGUGCAUCUGUAAUAUGUUGUCGGGUUUCUCCAAAGCAAAAGGCAAUGGUAACAAGGUUAGUAAAAGAAGGAACUGGAAAAACUACUUUGGCAAUCGGGGAUGGUGCAAAUGACGUUGGUAUGAUUCAAGAAGCAGACAUUGGUGUUGGCAUAAGUGGAGUAGAAGGGAUGCAGGCUGUAAUGUCUAGUGACUUCUCCAUUUCUCAGUUUCGGUUCUUGGAAAGACUUCUUGUUGUUCAUGGGCACUGGUGCUACAAGAGGAUUGCCCAGAUGGUCUGUUACUUUUUUUACAAGAACAUAGCUUUUGGCCUCACCUUAUUCUACUUUGAAGCGUUCACUGGCUUUUCGGGCCAAUCAGUAUAUGAUGACUGGUACAUGCUAUUAUUCAAUGUUAUUCUCACUUCAUUACCAGUCAUUUCACUCGGAGUUUUCGAGCAAGAUGUUUCUUCCGAGGUCUGCUUACAGUUUCCAGCACUGUAUCAGCAAGGACCGAAAAACUUGUUCUUCGAUUGGUAUCGAAUACUUGGGUGGAUGUGUAAUGGUCUGUAUUCAUCUCUUGCCAUCUUCUUCAUUAACAUAAGUAUUGUCUCUGGCACUUUCCGUAGAGGAGGUCAAAAUGCUGACAUGGCAGUCGUAGGAGCCACCAUGUUCACGUCUAUAAUUUGGGCAGUCAACUGCCAAAUCGCACUUACAAUGAGUCAUUUCACGUGGAUACAACACCUCUUUGUAUGGGGAAGUGUCUGUACCUGGUAUGUUUUCUUACUCUUCUACGGCAUGAUGUCACCUCUUACAUCGAAGAACGCUUACAAAAUCCUCGUGGAGGCCUUAGCUCCAGCUCCCAUUUACUGGAGUGUCACUUUCUUGGUGACCAUUGCUUGUAAUCUUCCAUACUUAGUUCACAUUGCCUUCCAAAGAUCUUUACACCCAAUGGACCACCAUAUUAUUCAAGAGAUCAAAUACUACAAGAAAGAUGAAGAGGAUCAACAUAUGUGGAGAAGGGAACGAUCGAAAGCAAGGCAAGAAACAAAGAUAGGGUUCACAGCAAGGGUAGAUGCAAAAAUCAGACAUUUGAGAGGGAGGUUACACAAGAAACACUCGUCCAUAUUUUCGCAAAAUGUAUCUUCGCCAAGGUCCCCUUUAUGAUAGUUUUGGUUAAUAUUUUUUGCUAGAGUUUAAUGUUGCUGUUGCCUGUUAAUUUUUUUGUUCUUUCACUCGGUUAUUUUUUUCUUUUAGUCUCUUACAUGGGGUUUGUUGUUAUGAGGUCCCCUUUUACAACAAAAAAAAAGGUUGUUGUUUGUAAUAUAUUUACACAGGUUUGAUGAGUUGCAGACUGUGAAAAGAAAAGAAGUAUUAGUUGAUCGUCUCUUGCCAAGUUUUAUCAUCAUUUUGUAAAUAACUGCAAAUGCUGAGACUGCAUUAGUUGGAUUUAUUAAUCAAAAACGUAACUUCUUUCA